GUCAUCACAUCGCCGUAAGAUAGAGAACCGUUCCUGAUAUCAGAGGGGGAGGUGGGGUAACAGAGCUACUGCUAAUACGUGAGAGGGGCAGAAUAUGUGUGAUCGCCUUAUAAGUGUGCGUUAGUGACAAGAGACCACACACACAACUACACACAUAUCUGAAGCACUCACCCACACCCACCAAAUACACCUUGAUGUCAAUUACUGUUGCUGGACUAAGAUCUGAGACCCAACUUGGAAUACAGAAAGUAAAAGGGAUCCUGCCUCAUGUCUUCCUUCUUCCACCUGCUGCAUCACAUCUGGUCCUGAACUGAAUCCAGUCUAAGUAGUGUUCUGACCGACACUCCAGGUUGAGAGCAGUGACCAACCUGAACAGUGCCUUUAAACUAUCCUACAAAUUAAGAGUAGCCUCAACUACAGGGCUGUAUUAUCAUUCUUCUUGUUAUUAUUAUUAUUUUUCUUCUUCUUCUUCUCUGCAACUUGCCACUGAAAUCUGCAGUUUCCUGGAAAUCUGCUUUGACAGUGUGGGCCACUCCCUCGACUCCAGAAGAUGUUUUCGGAUGGACUUUGUUUACGUUGUAUCUACUUGACCUGCACAGCGUCGUGACGUCUGCGUCGCUGACGUCACGACGCCAUCAGCAACGGCGGCAUUUUGAAACAAACACGGACGUUGUAUGUUUUGUCUGUUUAGAAAAGAAAAAGUUUGGCUUCACUGAACAUGGGUGAGGUCCGGGCGGACGGAGGAGCUGCCGGGCGGCUCUCGGAGGCCGCCGAGUCCGAGCUGGUGCAGCAAUGUGAGGAGCAAUUUGCUCAACUGGAGAAGCUGCAGAAUGAAAUCGUUCUGUGCGAACCGGACAUCUGCGAGGAUCACCAGGAACAGUCAGUAAACCGACUGGCGGUCACAGAUGCUGAACUGAAGCUGUGGAAGUCCAUGCAACCGAGCUUGUUUGUGGCUAAUGCAGAGAUUUUACUUCAUGCAGGAAAAGACGAGAUGCUCAAGCUCUGCUCCGAACUGGAGAUGGUUGUUUCUUGUUGUGAAGCCAAGAGAGACAAACUGAGAGAGACUAAAGAGCUAGAGCAGAAAUGGCUGGAGGAGAAGAAGCAGGUGCUAUUAGCUGCCAAUGAUCAUAUCGAACGACUUCGAGUGGAAAAGGAAAAAUAUUCGGAGCUCAAUAUCCUUCUGGACACAAAGGCCAAAAUCCAGAAAAUGAAGACUUACCAGGAACAGCUGAUGGAGUCACUGGGAGACAUCCUGGAGAAACAUGUCCCUCCCCCUCAGGACGAGUCUACUGCCAGCAAAAAGAAGAAGAACAUUCCCCUGGAGAUAAGUGAGGACCUUGUUCCCCUCAGUAAAAUUCUUGAGGUUCUUAUGGACAAAGUGAUGAACACGCCGCACGACCCUUACGUUACGAUAGAUCACACGUUCUGGCCACCAUACGUGGAGAUGCUGCUUCGAUAUGGGAUCGCAGUGAGACACCAGGAGAAUAACUUCAAGAUCCGCCUGGAAACCUUCUUCUAGUUGACUGGUCUUCAAAUGUUUAUUUUUUAAUUUUCUCAAGCACAACAUGUCAGUCAGUGUCUUUUUUCAUUUGUGUGCUUUUGAGCCCUGAUGUUCUUUGACAAGCAUCUACAGAAACGAGACAAGAGAAUUACUUUUUUGUAAAUAUGUAUUAGUUUUACAACUCAUUUCUGUUUGUGUUUAUUUAAUUCUUAUUGUAAUUUUGAGAUAUUCUGCAUUUGCAGCAUGUGCAUUUUUGAUAAGUGAGAUUUUAAAGUUCUUAAAGUUUUGUGGUCUUACUGUUCACCAAACAAUAAAAUAAAACAGGAUCUUCUCUUGUUAUUUUGGCAUAAAAGUUGGUCAAGUUAAAUGUAAUUCAAGCUAUCAGUCACCUAAUUCUAAUAUGUUUUGUCUGUACUUUAACAUUUCUGAAUAUGUUUGGCUUCUUUAAUAAACACAUUUUAUGUGCUUUGCUAGGUUACUUCA